AUGCAAGUGGCAGGCGGGGAGGAUGGAGGAGGACCGGCGUUGAACGCGUCUAUGGACUGUUCCCAAGAAGUGUUUUCGGCUACCGCAGAGUCCCAGCGCGAUGGCGACUGUGAGAGGGAGCUAUCGAGUGCCUCUGCAGAGACAUUUGUCCACACAGAGCAGAAGCAGGGGACCCCGAAGGCCAUCAGUAAGACAGCUGGGGCGCCAAGGGACGUGGAGCCAGAGUGGGCCGUGUUUCCCGAGUCCAACUAUUCCUUUGAGGCCGAUAACACACUGGGAAACAAGUGGGGUUCGUGCUCGGAAGAGGAGCUCCUCAAGAAACGACAAGAGUCUUACUUACGGGAAGGAACACGAAGGUCAGUAGCUGCCAUUUUUUUGGUGCACCGGGCAGAGUACCCGCAUGUGCUGUUGCUGCUAGAUCAGCAGCAGCAGAAGCACAGCUUGCUUAUGUUCAAGUACAAAACUUGGCAGAAGCCAAGGGAAGUUUUGCACAGCAAACUCACAAAGUGCUUGAUCAAGACAGAGCAAAGCUCCAAGCGCAAGUGGGUAGCGCAGCAACUCUCAAACGACGGUCCUGACCUGGAAGUUGGCGAGUUUCUAGGUGAGUGGUGGCGAGGGGACUUCGACGAUGAGUUGGUCCCUUACCUACCUCCUCACGUCACUCGGCCAAAGGAAAGAGUUCGUGUAUACCAGGUGCAGCUACCUCAUCGUUGUUCUUUCCGCAUUCCAAAGGGUUUCUGCCUGACGGUGGUUCCCAUCUUUGAACUCUGUUAUCAGCGCGUUGGGUUGGCAAUGAGCGGGCUCUCUCACCUCCUCGCGCGUUUCACCAUUCGCCUCAUGGUGCCUACUUUGGACAAAUACGAAGCAGAAACUUCAAUGGAACCAAAGACAGAGCUGGAAACGGAGACUGCUACUGUCAGAGGAGAUCUGAAUGAAACGACCGCGCGCGCAGAGGGUGCAUACCCCGUAGUUGACACGCCUCCAGCCCCCAGUAGAGAGGAAGACCUUGAAUUGCUGCCGCCGGAGCUGCAGCAUCUCGCAGAGCUUGAAGAAGAUAACUGA